AUGUCCUUUUUCACUUUCUCUCUAGCAUCAUCUGGCCGCUAUCAAUACGACUCCAAAGCCUUUUUAUUUUCACUGGUGAACAAACCAGGAUGGGCGCCUGUUAAACUGUCUCAGACAGGGCAAUAUAGCUCUCACAAAGCAUAUUCCAUAUACUUUUUUUCCUCAUAUGCGCCUACAUUCGGAGGAGGAUUUGACAUUAACAUAAAAAGCUACGCAUCAUCCAAUAGCAAUUCUUAUAGCAACCUUGGCUUUACUUACAGCCCACCGAGCGGGUACAACUACGGCAGCAUCUUCGCACAAAAAUUCCUGGCAGGAACUUACAAGUUCACAUCAGACGGAGUUGAAACCUUUUGCGAAUCAACCUAG